GUCUGAUGUCGUGACCCGGAUCUUCCGGAGGAUAAGAAGUUAAGGAGAUUCUCCGUCUACCUACUAGGUCAUCAUCCGUUGAACGAUCACGACCGACCACGGUCGAUAUGCGGAUUUAGUGCCGCUUGUAAAGAUAGUCUGGGUCUAGAUGCCCCGUGACCUAGGUCCUUUUGCCAAAAACGCGUCAGUGGUAACGGGAAUUGAACGGCUGGAAAGAGAUGAGACUCUUUGCGCGACUGUCCCAGAUCCCUGUCCUACAAAUCUAUAUUUAAGACGUUCUGUACUCUAGGUGUUAUGGUAGACCUGUCUCUAUAUUUACUAUCUUCUAAAUUGAUGUAAAAUCUUAUAUUACAUCACUAAUCACUAUGGCUUUAAAGUCGAUUAAUGCCUUAGCUUUGGCAGAACAGCUGGAGAACUUAGUCGAGGAUAUCAACAGAAACUCCAUCUCGUUGAAGGAUGAGGACCGGCAUAGGUUGUGUGAGGCAGCUAGAAAGUUGAACUGGGCACUAGAAGCACCGGGUGAUACUGUUCAUAGGGUUAUAUACUCGCCAUUCCAACUUCCCCUAGCCACUGUCGGCGUCGAGACACGAAUCUUCGAAGUUUUAUCAGGGAUUGACGGAACUACUACCAACGUAGAAUUGGCGAAGAAAGUCAAUGUCGACCCUGCUAUGCUCAAAAGAUUACUACGGUAUUAUCAAUCUUUCGGGUUUAUAUCCCAACCAAGCGACGAUGCUUACGGGGCCAACAAUAUGACAAAGGCCAUGGCAUCGCUAGGAGCGCGUGCUGCUUGUCCGGUUCACUUGGAAAAGUUUGUUUCCAUAUACAACGCACUUCCAGAAUUCCUCAAGAAGAAAGGGUAUUCCAACAACGCGGACAUAAACAAUUGUCCCUUGAACCUUUUGCAUCCAGAUGAGACCUUCUGGUCGUGGCUUGGGAAAGACCUUCCACAGAGAGAGCGCUUUACUAUAUGGACUCAAUGCUUUAGAUAUGAUCUACCUACGAUUUUCGACGCGUUUGAUAUCAAGGAAGAGAUAGCACAGGACUCAUCCGAUUCGACCAUCCUAUUUGUUGAUGUUGCCGGAGCCUCGGGUCACCAGUGUAUCGCACUCAAGAAAAGGUAUCCCGAACUCUCUGGUCGAAUUAUCCUUCAAGAUAGGCCAGAAGUCAUCCAACAGGUAAAAUCAAGUCCACUGCCUGGAUUCGAAGGUAUCGAGGCGGAACCCCACGACAUCUUCAAGCCGCAACCUAUCAAAGGUGCUCGGGCAUACUAUUUGCGUGCUAUCCUCCAUAAUUGGCCCGACGACAAAUGUAUCGAGAUCCUAAAAAAUCUCAAAGCUGGUAUGACAAAGGAGUCCAAAAUCUUGAUUGAUGACAUGGUGCUUCCAGAACGCGGUGCGCACUGGAGAGCUACUCAGUUCGACUUCAUCAUGUACUCUUACUUUGGUGCGAUGGAACGAUCGUAUGCCCAAUGGGAGGCGCUUCUUGAAAAAGCAGGACUGAAGAUCUUGAAGUUAUUGGAAUACACAAAGCAGCUCAAUGAGGCUGUCAUCGUGGCUGUUCCUACUUAGUGAACCGCGCCAAAGGCAAACUCAUGGCUCAGGGCUCGUUCUUCCUAUCCACUCAACAGA